GAAACCUAUCAUCUUCCAUAACUUCAAACUAUAGGUUCAUCCACAAAUUUAAGGCCCCAUAUCAAGAUGACCAACAGGCAGCAACACAUGGCUUUGCCUUCAGUAGUUAGUGGCAAAUAUUUAAGCUCCAACCUCUUGUAUAAAUUAUCCCCUUUCCAUGAGCCAUUUCAUCAUCAACCAUAAGCAUUUACUACUCAGAUUUCAAAGGUCUCUUACUUUAUUGUUGUUUCCAAUCUUCAAGAGAAAAACAAUGCUAAGUGCUAAGAAGCUCAUCAAGAUGGCUAGGAAAUGGCAGAAGUUCGUAGCCAUGCAGAGGAAGAGGAUUUCACUUUCAAGAAAUGGAAAUGAUGCAGUCAGUUGUAGUACAUCUUCAUCAUUUGUAGCCGGAAAAGGCAAGUUUGUAGUGUAUACAACUGAUCAAAGGCGCUUUAUGAUUCCAUUGGCUUAUCUGGAAAAUGAGCUCAUUUUGCAACUUUUAAACAUGUCGGAAGAAGAGUUUGGUCUGCCAAGUGGCGGCCCUAUUACAUUGCCAUGUAAUUCAGCUUUCAUGGACUAUAUUGUUUCACUAAUCAAGAAAGGUGCAACUGCUGAAGAUCUUCACAGAGCAUUGUUUCUCUUAAUUAGUUCAAGUUGCUCUUCAACUUCUUCUUUGCACCAAGAAUGGAGAAAUCAGCAACUCCUUGUUUGUUGAGUCAUGUUCAUUAUAUUUAGUAAAUGGUAGCUCAAACGUAGGUAGUUGAAACUGUGUAUACAAAUGGAAUCGAGAUUUAUAUGAAAUUUAACCAGAUUGAAAUCUUUCA